AGUUGGUUAUGAUAGAAGGAAGAAGAGAUGAGGGAAUGGCUGCUUCAGCUGGGAUAAAAGCGCAUGUUGUGGAGGAGAAGCCUGUAGUGCAGAGUGGCAAUGCUUUGGAGUUGGCUGUGAUGGGAGGAGGAGAUGAGGAAGCAAUGGAACUUGGGGGUGUGGAUGAAAUGAAAGAUGUAGAUAUCGAUGAACUGAAUAGAAGGAUUGAGGACUUUAUUGAGCAGGUGAAGAGAGAAAGGAGAAUGGAGGCUCUAAAAUUAGUUAUGGUAUGAUAUAAAUGGGUGAAUAUUAUAGAGAUGAGAAGUGAUAGAAAAUUUUCCUUUCUAACCUUUCUUUGCAAGGCUAGUAAUGUUGGUCAUUUAUGACUUGAUGCACUCUGAAUUUUCCGGCAUCAAGAAUCAUGACUUGGUACUCAUUCAAGUAUUUGUGAUUAAAAAACCAUCAGAAAUAUGAGUGGUUGAAGUGUGCUUGUACCUGAGCACUGUCCCAUAUGUGGAUUUCCGCUUUCAAUUAAUUACCUUUGGUUUUUCUU